AUGUUUCUAAUAAAACUCCUAUUAAUUUCUGUACUCCUGGUACUUUCGGAUACACACGACAUAUUCCUUGGAUAUCCUGAUAUGGCCUCCAAAGUCAUAUACAGCAAGGUCCAUCAGGAGAAUCCCGCUAUAUGGGUCAGAUCGGAUACAUUCACAGUGAAUUGUUCCAGUAGUGACGUCAUCAACGCCGUGAAAGUCCUGGAUUUGAGGGAAGACAAAUCGGGAGAGGCGUACGUCAAAGGAGGGGGGAUAGGACAGAAUCACGUCACUAUAGAACUGGACAGUCCUAGCAUCUUCAGAGGUUAUAAUUUCCUGGUACAAGUUUACGCUAUACAUGCUAAUAAUUUUUUAUUUCGUCAUGGAAAAUAA